UGAACAGUAGGCGCCCUGCCAGUUCGCCUUGACAUCACCGGAGAGGCACCACAGCACCAGCUUUGCCACUCAAAAAUCUAUCCUGCUUCUUUUUUUUUGUUGAUAGCUGCUCGUUAUAUCUCAUGUGGAAGAUGAUCUGAAACUGAGAACAAAUACUAGCAUCUCUAUUCAGGAACACGAAAUCAACUUCCUGAGCCCUCGGCAGCUCAGCUGCCACACAGAGCACAGGAAUCUACAGUAGUCUCUGUGAUGGUUUCCACCAUGAAGUGCAGCAGGGUGACAUUACACGAGCCCCAUAACGGAGACUACAGGAGUCCUAUGAGAAUUGCCCCUCGCAGAAACUCUAUUCCCCCAACAAAGGCUCUCACAGCCAAACAUCUCCUGGCAUACCCUAGACCACCCCCAGAGUCAACGCGCUUUACCCCAUAUCCAAAGAAGGUUGUAGCAAAAACCAACAUGGCCGUGAUGAUGCUCCACUCCAGAAGAGCCUCUCUCUUCCCCAGCACAAAUAACUUCCCAGCUCUCCCACCCCAGCUAGUCCCCUCUGCAUCCCCCCAGUCACAUCCCAAGAGCCCAGCCACCCAUAGGGUUGUUGCAGGAUUGAUCAGCCGGGAGGUAGACACCGGCCAGUACAUCAUUCCCACUGAGGAGCCAGAGGAGCCUGUCACUGCUCAUCAUGCUCACCGCAGACGCCACCUCAAGCGUUUCAGCUCCAGGUGGUACUCAGGCGCUCCUUCUGGUGGCCCCUUUGAUAGCACCCAUAGUCCCAACCAAGGCACAAGUGGUGAGAACAAGCCCCACAAGCCGCGCUGCAAACUUCUAGGUGAAGGGAGGCCAAAUUACGGUACCGCCAACAAGCAGCGUCAACGCUACGUCACCAAAGACGGGAAGUGCCAGGUGAACCUGGGCCCCAUCGAGGACAAGAGCCGUUUCCUCUCGGACAUCUUCACCACUCUGGUGGACCUGAAGUACCGCUGGUUCCUCUUUGUCUUUACCAUGUGCUACAUUGUUACGUGGGUGGCCUUCGCAGAGAUCUACUUCCUAGACGCCUGGCUGAGGGAUGACGUGGCCCACGUCCAUGACCCGCAAUGGCAGCCGUGCUUCGAGAACGUGGACAGUUUCAUCUCCGCCCUGCUUCUGUCGGUGGAAAGCCAGAGGACCAUUGGCUACGGCUCCAGAUUGGUGACGGCCAACUGCAUGGAGGGAGUGGUUCUCCUCAUGGCCCAGUCUAUCAUUGGCUCAAUCAUUGACGCCCUCAUGGUCGGCUGCAUGUUCGUCAAAAUCUCCAGGCCUCAGAAAAGGGCCCAGACUCUGAUCUUCAGCAAACACUGUGUCAUAUCGGAGCGUGACGAGAAACUCUGCCUUCUCUUCCGCAUUGGAGACCUGAGGGCGAGUCACAUGGUGGACGCCAAGAUUCGAGCCAAGCUUAUUAAGUCCAGACAGACCAAGGAAGGGGAGUUCAUACCACUGGAGCAGUCAGAGAUCAACCUGGGCUACGAUACUGGAGGAGACAGGCUUCUGUUGGUUGAGCCUCAGACCAUCACCCAUGUCAUCAAUGAAAGCAGUCCGUUCUGGGAAAUAGGGGCUGAGCGUCUGACAAGGGAGAGAUUUGAGAUCAUCAUCAUUCUGGAGGGAAUCGUGGAGGCAUCAGGUAUGACAUGCCAAGCCAGAACUUCCUAUACUGAGGAGGAGAUUCUGUGGGGCCACAGAUUUGAAUCCUGCAUGUCUCUGGAAAAAGGGUCUUACCGGGUGGACAAUGGUGCAUUUGAUAAAACCUUCCCAGUACAUACCCUCACCCUUAGUGCUAAAGAGAAGAGUGAUGAAAAAGAAGAUGAGGUCCUCUUUUAGAUCAGUACUAUACACACUGAGCAAACAGCCCUUGUAUUAAUGGAAUUUCAAGGCAAAUACUUGUGAAUGCCUAGGUUUCCCUCCUUAAAAUUAACUUUCCUGUUGUCUUUAAUAUUGUGGACAAACAUUUCCAAGAAUUACAUAUUGACAUGCUAAUCUACAGUGCAUUCGGAAAGUAUUCAGACCCCUUGACUUUUUCCACAUUUUGUUACAUAACAGCCUUAUUCUAAAAUGUAUUAAAUUGUUUUUUUCCCCCCUCAAUCUACACACAAUACACCAUAAGGACAAAGCAAUUUUUUUUUUGUCAAUUUGUAAAUAUCACAUUUACAUAAGUAUUUAGACUCUUUACUAAGUACUUUGUUGAAGUACCUUUGACAAAGAUUACAGCCUAGAGUCUUCUUGGGUAUGACGCUACAAGCUUGGCACACCUGUAUUUGGGAGUUUCUCCCAUUCUCCUCUGCGGAUCCUCUCAAGCUCUCAGGUUGGAUGGGGACCAUCGUGGCAUAGCUAUUUUCAGGUAUCUCCAGAGAUGUUCGAUCGGGUUCAAGUUAGGGCUCUGGCUGGGCCAUUCAAAGACAUUCAGAGACUUGUCCCGACGCCACUCCUGAGUUGUCUUGGCUGUGUGCUUAGGGUCGUUGUCCUGUUGGAAGGUGAACCUUCACCCCAGUCUGAGGUCCUGAGAGCUAUGGAGCAGGUUUUCAUCAAGGAUCUCUGUGUACUAUGCACCGUUCAUCUUUCACUCGAUCCUGACUAGUCUCCCAGUCCCUGCUGCUGAAAAACAUCCCCACAGCAUGAUGCUGCCACCACCAUGCUUCACUGUAGGGAUGGUGCCAGGUUUACUCCAGACGUGACGCUUGGCAUUCAGGCCAAAGAGUUCAAUCUUUGUUUUCAAGGCCCUUCUCCCCUGAUUGCUCAGUUUGGCCGGGCGGCCAGCUCCAGGAAGAGUCUUAGUGUUAUCCAAUUCUUAACUUUAAGAAGGAUGGAGGCCACUGUAUUCUUGGGGACCUUCAAUUCUGCAGAAAGGUUUUGGUACCCUUCCCUAGAUUUGUGCCUUCGACACAAUCCUGUCUCGGAGCUCUACGCACAAUUCCUUUGAUUUCAUGGCUUGCUUUUUGCUUUAACAUGCAAUGUCAACUGUGGGAACUUAUAUAGACAGGUGUGUGCCUUUCCAAAUCAUGUCUCGGGUGGACUCCAACCAAGUUAUAGAAAUAUCAAGGAUGAUCCAUGGAAACAGGAUGCACCUGAGCUCAAUUUCGAGUCUCAUAGCAAAGGGCCUAAAUACCUAUGUAAAUAAGGUAUUUAUGUGUUUUAUUUUUAAUACAUUUGCAAAAAUGUCUAAAAACCUGUUUUCUCUCUGUCAUGGGGUAUUGUGUGUAGAUUGAUGAUUUAUUUUUAUUUAAUCACUUUUAGAAUAAUGUUCUAACGUAACAAAAUGUAGGAAAAGGGAAGGGGUCUGAAUACUUUCUGAAUACACGGUACACUCUUAACCAGAAUUUGUACUUUGUUGACAGUGACAGCAUUCAUGUGGGUGAUUUAUAAAGAAGUUAUCCAAUCCUGGUUAAGUGUAGAAAUGAGUAUGCAUCCAUGACUCCAUGCGUUGUUACUUUACAAUACUGUUUAUUUAUCUGUGUCUCGUUUAUGGUUUAUAAUGGAUAGUUGUAGUUACGUGUUAACUGCUACCUGCUAAAUCAUAGAAUUAUGGCUCCUGCUCCCCUCUUGUUUUUUGUCAGUUUUUUUGUUACAUCUUAAGUCUGUUUGUUUUAAAUCAAAUGUGCUAAGUACUGCACAAAUAUUGUGUUCCUUAUUUGUAGUCACUUGUAUUUUCAUGGUGAUCAUGAAUGCAUGAUGAUGUAGUGAUACAGCCAUUAUGAUUCAAAAUGUGAUACAUUUGAAGGAUGUCAGUUUCGUUAAUCUGUUUCUAUAUUAUAUGUACUCUAUCCUAAUACGCAAAUGUAUUACACAUAUCAGUCCUAUGCAGUGCCUUGAAAUGUGUCCUCCCACAGUUUUCAAA